AACUGACUUUUAGGUGACGUAUGAUAAACGUAUGGUACCGGAAUAAAAGGAAAACAGAUAUGCUUGUAAUUUUCGAUAUAUUUUUUAUCUGUUAUUUCAUUAUUUCUAAGUGUGCUCCUGUAACAAAAUGUUGUCGUUAGACUGUCUGCUUUGUUACGGAAUAUUACUGGCUAUAUUUAUUAUAAUUUUGCUUUGCAUAACAUUAUAUGUAACAAGUGAUCGCUAUCCCAAAAUUUGGAGGGAUGAAAAUGAAAAAUUCUUUUUCAACUGCCAAACAGAAGUGAGAGAAGCAUUUCCUUCAUUACAUGAUCCUUGGAGUGUACAUCUCAGUGUCAUUGUACCUGCUUACAAUGAAGAGCAAAGACUGCCAACAAUGUUGGAUGAAUGUUUGGAAUAUUUAGAGAAGCGUGCAAAGUCUGGAUUUACUUAUGAAGUAAUAGUAGUUAGUGAUGGUAGUACAGAUAAAACUGUAAAUGUUGCGCAGUAUUACGCAUCAAAAUAUAAUACACUGAGGGUGUUAAAUCUUGUUCAAAAUAGAGGGAAAGGUGGUGCUGUAAGACUGGGUAUGCUGAGUGCAAGAGGCAGUGGUUUGUUAUUUGCAGAUGCAGAUGGUGCUACCAAGUUCAGUGAUCUAACAAAAUUAGAUGAGAGUUUAGCAGAAAUUUUAGGAUUCGAUUAUACAAGCAAUCCUGAAAAAACAGCACUAUCAGACGCGAUAGUAUGUGGCUCAAGAGCGCAUUUAGAAAAAGAAGAAACUGCAAAGCGAUCUUACUUUCGACUGUUUCUUAUGCAUGGAUUUCAUUUUUUAGUCUGGUUAUUGUGCGUAAGAGGCAUUAGAGAUACGCAGUGCGGAUUUAAACUUCUAACAAGAAAAUCAGCGAGAAGAAUAUUUGAAGCGUUACAUGUUGAACGCUGGGCUUUUGAUGUAGAAAUGCUUUAUAUUGCACAAACUCUUAACAUUCCUGUAACUGAAAUAGCGGUAAAUUGGACGGAAAUUGAAGGAUCCAAGAUAAUACCGUUUUGGAGUUGGUUGCAAAUGGGCAGGGAUUUAUUCUUUAUCUGGCUUAGAUAUAGUAUCGGCGCAUGGAAAAUAAAUAAGCCCAAAACAAUCUAAUAUUAA